UGCUUAAGCGGCAGAGCAAAAAAUUCGCAUGCCGCAGCAGUGUUGUCAGCCUGUCACUUACCAUCUACGGAAUGGAAUUUCGAAUUUUUGCAAUUAAUGUGUUUGUCAGGCUCAGCUGAGAGUAGGAUUUUUAGUUUUACCAUACUUUAUCUUUCAUUUCUAAAAUAUUGAAUGUUCCUUUAUGCACAGUAGUUGAAUUUUUUACAAAGAAGGACUUGUAAUAAUUCAUUAUGAUUGACUAUGGCGUGAUAGACUUGCCAGCUGAUUGUUUGCGUGUGGUUGUGCAUUCGAAACAUUCCGUCCUUAUGCCAGUCUGCUGAAAGCUUAUUUUGUUACAUUUGAUAUCGCCGCCAUGGAAUCGGAAGACGAUCCUAGGGACGCCCAGCCGAAACGCCGCCGAAGAAAUGUUGACGAGGAUGAUGUAGACGAAGGCUGGGCAUGGGUCGUUCUGGUGGCAUCCUUCAUCGUCAAUAUCAUUUCCCUUGGCACGAAUUUCUCCUUAGGCGUGUAUUUUGCUGAAUUCGUUGAUUAUUUCAAAGAAAGCAAAACACAGACCGCUUUCCUCAUAUCUCUUAGCUGCGCACUUGUCCUUGCAGCGGGUCCUUUUGCCAGCGUUCUGGCCAACCGGUUUGGAACGAGAAUUCUGAUUAUCUGUGGCGGUCUUGUGACAGCGACAGGAUUCAUCCUCAGUGCCUUUGUCCAGCAGUUCUGGGUUAUGUUUAUUACUUUUGGAUUUAUGACAGGAUUCGGAGGCGGUUUGAGUUAUUCACCGUCCUUUGGAGUUUUGCCGUUGUAUUUUCGACGCCGGCGGAAUUUCGCCACAGCUAUCGUAACGGCGGGGAACGGUGUGGGAAUUUUUAUAUUUCCUUUUCUUUUCCGGUAUUUAAUUGCCACAUACUCGUGGCGCGGCGCGAUGUUUAUUAAUGCUGGCAUCGCUCUCAAUGUCAUUCCCUGCGGUGCUGUGAUUUUCAAAAGACAAAAGCGCAUUCCCGGUGGCGGAUUAGCCCAGUUUUUGGAUUUAUCGUUAUUCCGUGAAGCCUCUUUCUAUUAUCAUUUGCUGCAUUUUUAUUUAAUGGGAUCGAAUUUUAUAUUUACGGUGCUAUGUAUCCGGUACGCUUUGGAUGUGACGGAUGCAACAAAAGAUCAGGCCCCCUUAUUGCUCACGAUCAACGGUGCAAUGAAUAUCGUUGGACGAACACUGAGCGCUGUUGUCAGCACUAACCCGAAGAUCGCUACCUCUCGCAAUCGUUUCAUCUUGCUGCAUAUCUUUUCGAUCUCGGUUGCCGUUUCCAUUGCUUCAUAUGGGUGGUGCACGAGUUUUCCAGCUGUGUGCGUUGUCGCAGGCUGGGUGGGAUUGUCCUGGGGCACAAAGUUCGCCUUGGUGCCGGGUGUUACCAUUGAUAUUGUGGGUGCUGACAGAUUUAAUGCCGCGUGGGGAUAUUCUGUUUUUAUUCUGGGAUUAGCAUUUCUCAGCUUCCCACCUCUUGGAAGUUAUAUUGCGGACAGCACACUCAGUUUUAGUAACGCCUUUUAUUUUUCUGGAAUUGUGUCCGGUGUGGCGGCGCUCUUUUGCUUCUUGCUGCACUUCAUUAUGUGGCGAAAAAUGCAGAAGGUGCGUCGGGAGACCGCUGAGGUGGAUCAUACAGUGAGAAUUGUCCGGUACAAAGCCAACAACAAUGGCGAAGCGUAAAAUCAGCCAAAGAAAUCUCUUCCAGCCUGGUUUUUCUCUACCUGUGUUUUGAAAAAGUAUUUAUUUUCGUGAUUCCUAUUCGAGUUACCAGUUUGUUGCGUUCCGUUUAAGCAAUUCCGUUUUUAUUUGUUUUUUGAAUAUUUAUGAAUGGGAAAUCUCGUGGGUUUAUUGCAGAAGUAGUUCUGCCUUCCAGCUCAGUUUGGGGUUGUUGCUGUCCUCUCAGAAUCUUUCGGGUUUUCAUUUGUUUUUCUGUAUGAUUUCGAAAACAAAUAAGCUCUAAUAAAAUAUGGAAACGAAACAGCAACAAUCAACAAAUUGAAACAAAAAAUACAAAA